AUGAACAGAACAAAUAUCAAUGUGAAGGAAUGUAUCAUUUGCUACAAUGAAUAUGAUUUCGAGACACGGAAACCGUGCAUAGGAAUAUGUGGUCAUUCGAUUUGUGAGAACUGCAAACAUCAGAUGAUUUAUUCGAUAUGUCCGCACUGCAAACGAGAAGACGCAUUCGCAAUUACGACUGUCAAUUAUCAAGUUUUGGAAAUGAUACAACAUUUUAAAAACAUGCAACAGCGUCUUUCAGAAGAUUCAAAAGAAGAAGGAACAUGUAGUGAAUGCACUAUAAGAUCUCGAAAACUCCGUCUCUGCAUUACUUGUGCUGUUGAAGCAGGAGUACUAAAACACGAUGAGACAAAGAAAGAAUUUGUCUUGAAUAUAGUGAACAACGACACGGAAGCAGGACUCUGUAGGGCCAAACGAUUAGCAAUCUGCGGAGAUUGUGCACUCGAUGGAACUCACCAUGAAGGACAUAAAACAAUGCAAUUGGCAGUUUUAAUGAGUAACUUGGAAGAUGGAAUUCCAGUUGUUGUCGAGAGAAAAGUGGAUGAUAUAAGGGACAACGGGAACAAGGUGUUUGAAGUCUUGAAACUAAAAUACGAAACAACAAUAGACUCGUUGAAAAUAUAUUUCGAAAAGUUCAAAGAUUUGCCAGUUGAUGAACGGAAGCAACACUUCAAUAACAUUGAAGCUAGUAUUGAAAAGGUGAAGGACACGUUGGCGUUAGUCAGAGAUGCGAUUAGAAGAUUUGAAAUGUUGAAUGAGGAAUUCGAAGAGUGUUUGGAUGUUGUUAAGAGCAAUAAGAAGGCAGUGACUAGAGUGAAUACUGUAUUUGCGAGUAUGGACCCAGUUGUUGUUGCAGACCGCAAACAAAGUGCUCGUGAGCCCCUUCUUAUUGGUGUUUUCAAUCCGAAAAAUCAAUUUUGGACUCCGUCUGGACGAAUGCCAAAUCCGAAAUCUAACUACGCGGUGGCGAGUAACAAGUCGCAAAUUUUUAUUGUUGGAGGAAUUUUCAAUGGAUCGUUUCUUCCGAAUGUGGAGAUGUAUGAUAAGGAUAAGAAUUUGAGACGAGAUUGUAAUCGCUUGAAGCGUGGUCGAACCCGUACAUCUGCCGGAUUUCACAAUGGUAAAAUGUAUGUCGCCGGAGGAUACGAUAACACUUAUAUGGAUACAGUCGAAGUAUUCGAUCCGGAUCAUGAAGACUGGAAAGAUGGACCACCACUGAAAAGACCGAGAGCAGAUGGAGCAGUGGUGUCUUGCAAUGGAGAACUAUAUGCUCUCGGAGGAUUCAAUGGAAAAGAAUACGAGGAGAAGAUUGAAAAACUGAAUGAACAGACCCAAAAGUUCGAGGUGUUCGGAGAAAUGGAAGGAAGUCGAGCAGGAUUUGGAGUGUGUACAUUCCGUGGAAGAAUAUAUAUUGCUGGUGGAUGGAGUAGUUCUAGCAACACAUUGAGAUCUGUUCGAAGUUACGAUCCAAUGACUAACUCGUGGAGAGAUGAACCGUCACUGAAUAAGGAUAGAAAGUAUUUCACUCUUCAUGCAACAAGUCAAACAAUUUAUGCGAUACGUGGAUGUGCGGAUAGUUGGAGUCAGAUCACUGAAGUGGAGAAAUUUGAUGAGGAUCGACAGAAAUGGGAUAUUAUUAGUUGUACGGGAACCCCAAGUAUAUCAGAGCAAGGUGUUAGCUAA